UCCAAAGCCCUACUUCGAGCUGCCUUUGUCCCCUCCGAUCCGUAAUGCGGAGUAGAUCAGUCGCGGCGCGAGGAUUGAAGACUCUCUGAUGGCGGAAGAAGCCCACGCCCCUUCAGCGGCUCCGGGACUCGCUGGCCAAGAAGAGAUCGAGAGAUUACCUACUCAAAAUAGUUUACAAAGUACUAGUGAGGAUGCUUCUCAGCAGCAACCCCCUUUGGUACACCCGUCAACUGUACCUCUGGUGAUGCCUCCACAAAAUCCAGACCAAAGUGAUUAUGGCCCUGGCCUCUAUGCUAUCCCUACUUAUUCACAAUUUAUGGGGAUGAUGCCUGGGUUUCCUCCUAGCACACUUAUUCCUCUUACCUUUAAGAUUCCCACGAGAACAAACUCUUCUGGCACUGGUGGUGAGGAGCUGGGACAUGAGGCAAGACAGCAGCAAGGGCCACAAAGACCAGUAGUUGUGAGGAGAUUCCACUUCGCAUUUCAGCUGGAUUUGGCUCUCAUCAUUAAGCUAGCAGCUGUUGUCUUUCUGUUCAGUCAAGAAGGAUCGAGGCAGCGGUUAAUUCUACUGGUUCUAUUUGCAUCUUUCAUCUAUCUGUAUCAGACUGGAGCCCUUACCCCUUUGAUCCGAUGGAUUCGAAGAGGUGCAGCGCCUCAACUCCGUCCCGCCGCCCAUCCUGAGCAACCACCUAUGAGGCAUUUUGAUGGCAUUCAACCUGCGCCUGAAGGAAAUGUUGAAGCUGAUAACCAGAAUGAUCAUCCACCUGCUGUUGUGAACGAGAAUCAACCGGAAGCCAGGCAGCGCAAUCAAAACCAAUUUUGGUAUAUUCUUAAGGAGAUCCAGAUGUUUUUCAUUGGGUUCAUCACUUCUCUUCUUCCAGGCUUUCAUCAUCACAAUGAAUAAAUCUUGCCUCAUCCAUACAAGCAUUUACUCAAAAAAAGGCACUUUCAAAGUCAAACAAUGGCCAGGUGAAAAAAAUGUUGAUAGGGAAGAAAUUUUUUUUCUUGAUCAUCAAUGUCCUGCUUGUAUGUUUUGACAUCACAUACGGUGAACUUCUAUGGUAGCAUUUGAUGUACUUUGGACUGUUACAGUUAUUGCUCUUUAAAAUUUUAAGUUCUGCGUUUUAGAAUCUCUUGGUUCCUAAACCAAUUCAGCCAAGAAUAUAUAAAACCUGUUAUUCAGAUUGGCAAAAAAUGGAGAUUCAUUUUA